UCUGCGCGGAUACGUCAUCUCCGCGCGUCGUUCUCUUGGCCGUGUGUUCUGGGCUCUCGGAGGUUCCGCGUGAUUUCUCUCAAGGGAUUCGGCGCGGUGUUGGGGCCCGCUGAAGUGCAAGAAGUUGUCUUUGGAACCAGUGUGAGUCGGCGGACCCCGGGCCACUGCGGAGGUAGGUGAGGCAGCUAACCAUCGAAGAUAGCCCGACUUUCUUCAGCCCUCCCCGUAAUUGAUGGCAUGCUCCGGCACCGCAGCACCCGAAGUAAACGCACUGCUCUCAGGCAGAAUUCCAUCGCUUCCUCUUUCAAGUUUCUCGGAGUUUCGAAUGGUCCUGCGUUGUUUCCUUUCAGAACCUCCGUCUUGGCGCCCCUCACAAACGAUGAAGCUGGUGUAAUAUUAAACUACAGGGCUCAGAAAUGGCACGCUUUUUCCAGAUUUAUUUCUAAUAUCAAUUCCAAAUUACUGAUUCUUGGACAGCACGGCACUUGUAUGAAAUCAUGGCUGGUUAUAAGCCUGCAGCUAUUCAGACAUACCCUAUACUUGGCGAAAAAAUCACCCAAGAUACCCUCUACUGGAACAACUAUAAGACUCCUGUUCAGAUUAAAGAAUUUGGUGCAGUGUCAAAAGUAGACUUUUCCCCUCAGCCUCCAUAUAACUAUGCAGUCACAGCUUCUUCAAGAAUUCACAUUUAUGGCAGAUACUCUCAAGAACCUAUCAAAACAUUUUCCAGGUUUAAAGACACAGCAUACUGUGCUACUUUUCGACAGGAUGGUAAAUUGCUUGUGGCUGGCAGUGAAGAUGGUGGAGUUCAGCUCUUUGAUAUAAGUGGGAGGGCUCCCCUCAGACAGUUUGAAGGUCAUACAAAAGCAGUUCAUACAGUAGAUUUUACAGCUGAUAAAUACCAUGUGGUCUCUGGGGCUGAUGAUUAUUCUGUUAAAUUAUGGGAUAUACCAAACACCAAAGAAGUUAUGACAUUCAAAGAACAUUCUGAUUAUGUGCGGUGUGGAUGUGCUAGCAAGCUGAACCCAGAUCUCUUUGUAACAGGGUCAUAUGAUCAUACUGUGAAGAUGUUUGAUGCACGAACAAGUAAGAGUAUUCUGUCUGUUGAGCAUGGGCAGCCAGUGGAGAGUGUCCUGCUUUUCCCCUCUGGAGGUCUUCUGGUGUCUUCAGGAGGUCGUUAUGUUAAAGUCUGGGACAUGUUAAAAGGAGGACAGUUGCUCGUAUCUCUGAAAAACCAUCACAAAACUGUGACAUGUUUAUGUCUGAGCAGCUCUGGACAGAGGUUACUUUCUGGUUCACUGGAUAGGAAGGUGAAAAUAUAUAGCACAACUUCCUACAAAGUAGUCCACAGUUUUGAUUAUGCAGCUUCAAUUUUGAGUCUUGCACUUUCACAUGAAGAUGAGACUAUAGUGGUUGGAAUGACCAAUGGAAUUCUGAGUGUUAAACAUCGGAAAUCUGAAGCAAAGAAGGAAUCUCUUCCAAGGAGAAGGAGGCCUACAUACCGAACGUUUAUUAAAGGAAAAAAUUACAUGAAGCAACGGGAUGACAUUGUGAUCAACAAGCCAACAAAGAAAUACCUAGAAUUGUAUGACAGAGAUCUGAAAAAUUUUAGGAUCUCUAAGGCACUUGAUAGAGUUCUUGAGCCUAGUUGUAUAAUAAAGACCCCUGAAGUUACAGUUUCCAUCAUAAAGGAGCUAAAUCGAAGAGGAGUCCUUGCAAAUGCACUUGCAGGUCGGGAUGAAAAGGAAAUUAGUCGUGUUCUUAAUUUCUUGAUAAGGAAUCUGUCUCAGCCAAGAUUUGCACCUGUUUUGAUCAAUGCUGCUGAAAUAAUUAUUGAUAUAUAUCUGCCUGUGAUUGGUCAGUCACCUAUAGUGGAUAAGAAGUUUUUAGUACUUCAAGGACUUGUAGAAAAAGAGAUUGAUUACCAAAGAGAACUUCUAGAAACCUUGGGAAUGAUGGACAUGCUUUUUGCUACUAUGACAAGGAAAGAAAGUACUUCUGUGUUGGAACAUAGAUCUGGUGAAUUUCUAGAGAAGAAGAUGAAAUCAUAGUAUUUUCUCAAUAAGAGAAAAAACUCCUAGUUUAGAUUUGACAAUUAUUGGAGAGAGACUCUUGGAUACAUUGAAAAGGACUGUCUACAGAAGCAGUUUUAUAGAAGAGACUGGAAUAACUGAUUGGAAAAUAAGUACCUUAUUUUAAGACAUGGUUUUCCAUAUAAUUGAAUAUUGUGUGGCAUCUUCAGCUGGAAGACGUCAGUUACCUUGGUUCCAGUGUCUGCCUACCUUGGAUGAGUUGUUGUUGAUUUUAGUCCAGUACAGUUUUUUAUCAGCUGCCAGGUAGGCAUGCAGAUGGGGGUUCAGGUAUGAAGCCUCUGGAGAGAGCUCCUGCUGGGAAUCCUGCCAAAGCAACACAGCCUUGUUUCGGGUUUUUGUUUUGUUCUUUCUAGCAUAGAAAACAACAAAAACAUGGCAACAAGAAGGAAACUAUUUUUCAUUCAGUGCUCUUGGGAUUUCCAAGCUUCUGCUUCCCCCUCACUUCUCUCCUUGAUAGCAUUGCUGGUUUGGACCAUGUGCUCUGCUUCAGCUGGUUGUGGGACUGUUCCAAGUGUGUGGCUCAUCAGCUGCUCAGCCCUGAGUAAUUGAUACUGGACAAGUAUUUGGAAUAUAAGGCAGAUUCUAUGCCUGUGAACUGUACUCUCCACUUGAGGUUUUCCUUUCAAUUUUUAAAUCUUGAUUGUCUCUCCUUAUCAGGACAUGGCCUAUAGAUAGACUUAUUGGACCACUUUUUUUUUCCCCUUACUGUCAGUAUGCAGCCUUUUUACUAAGUUUUCCCCAUGCUUCAUUCAGGUCAGUGACUGGAAGGAUUUGUCAUUUCUAAGACAUACCUAUUCAGCCUGAUAUAUAUGUUUGAAGCUUACAGCUAUCUUAUCACCAAAAAACUAUUUUCUCUGACCCAUGCUUAGAUUUUUUUCUCUGGUCUUCAUAAUUACCUUAUUCAGAACCCCAAAUCAGAACAUCUUGCUUUGAAACAUAGUUGUAUUUUUCAAAAGUUCAAUGUGAAUCAUUUUUUAUAAAGGUUCUUAUUUUCAUUUUGGCUUUCGGAGCUGCAUCAAUCUCUGAUGUAUUGUCAAUGGCUACUGACUCCUGGCACCAAUUUCACAGUUGCUCUUUCACCUUCCCCCGUUGUCGUUUCACCUCAGCAGUAUGUGUAGUAGUAAUGUGUACAGAAGAAUCCUUAGAGGAAAAAUUUUAACGUGGAAACCUCCUUUCCUUAUUUCAGUUCUGUAAAUUCAGAAUUUCUCGAAGCAGAAGGAAAUGAGAUACAUGUUCUAUUCCUUACUGUGAUCACGUAUUUAGGGGGUAGUUUCCCUCAGUUGAUAUAAGCAAUCAUGCAGCACAGUGGCUUGUAAGAAAUCGAGGUGCUUCCCUCAGUAAUGAGGUUAGUCAGGGUCAGGAGCUGUGUUUUCAGAUUGAAAAGAGUUUGUUUUAAAAAUUUUUAUUGAAAAACUUUUUAAAGGAAUUAACUUUGUAUGUAUGCUGAUUAUUUGUAUACUAGUAAAAAGUUGAAAUUUUCGCUAAAACUAGCUGCUGUCAGUUGUGUAACAUCACUUUCUUUUACAUUAUUUCUCUUGAUUCUCACCAUAGUUAAGGUUGGAAUAAUUCUUAUUUAGCAUUGAAUUAAUUAAAGCAGUUAAAUUUCCCCUGGAAGCCCUAGGCUUGAGUUCCUCAUUCCAGCAUUGGUUCUGCCUCUUGGGGCCUAAACUACUCAUUUUCUUUAAUGAAUCCUCAUCAGGAUCUACAGUUCUUAAAUGAAAUAGGUAGUGAUUACAAAUUUUUUAAAUGAUUAGGAGACAGUUCCUAUAUUCAGUAACUGUUCAGGAGUAAUUUUUAUACUCCUUGAGACUAGUAUUUGUUAUUUGAAGUAUCUUAACAUAAUUGGCAUAUUACAAUAUGUAACAUUGGCCUUAAGAGUCUGAUUUAAAAUUCCUAACAGAAUUUUAGACUUGUGAUUUUUCAGUGGGGAAGUAUUUUGAAAUGUUACUAACGAUGCAAAAAAUGUUUUGGAGAAUUUGAAAGUCGUUAUAAUUUUUAAUUUAUUAUGUUGAUAAGAGUUAAGCACUUGGGAAGAUUUUGCCUGUUGGGUCAUGCAUUCAAAGUGCUAUUUAAUAAAAGAAUCAGAUUUUGUAAAUAUAAAUUCUGUAAAAUUUUUGAAGGAAUUUGAAUUGUAAAUGAGACCAUUAGAAAAAACUUAGUUUGUUCAACAUUUACAUUGAAUUCCACCAAACAUUAAAGGCUGUCUUGGAAGUGAUUAUUAAAAUGUAGUUUUUUUCUGAAUGGAGUAUUUCUAAGUUAUUCUCAAAAACUUAGGAAAGUUAAAAUGCCUAAUUUUAACAAUGAGCUAUAAAUAGUCUUAUCUGUGAACAAGAUGCCCUCUUGAUCACUAGAAGACACUUACUGGUGAGUAGGUGGCUGUAUGCUUGCUCCCUUGGCCAUAGUUAACUAACUGGACCAGGGGUGAUACACCUGACUCAGGUUUUCUCUAAACAGGGAUUUGUAAUUUGGAUUUAUAAUGAAAUUCUUCAUCAGGGAAAAUGUGGGAGACUGGGAAUGCUGUGUUUGUGUCUCAAGUUGAGAAAGCUGAGAGAAGAAUAAAAGCUACAUGCAGAGAAAAUUAACAGAAAGAUCAUACUGCUUCAGCAGAUCAGACUAAAGGAGACUGAAAGCAUUUUAGCUCCUGAUGGCUGUUUCCCUUAUUCUGGCUGUACUUCUCUCAACCCUUUAGGUGGAGGAAGUUUUUUGAAAUGCUGUAAUAAAU